ACAAUCGUACAAAUAUGUACUGAAAUGGUCCAGUGGACGGCACAUUUUCCAAGAUUCAGUAUGUAAAUUCUGGACUUAUAAGUUUAGCAUGGAUGAAUACAAUCAUUUUCAGAUUAGCUGAGUUACUCGAUGCCAGUUUGAUGGAAUAUUUGUUUAGUCCUCCCGUUAGACCAAGACUCAUCUCCAGUUUCUUGACGUUGAAAAGAUGUAAUAAAGAUCAGUUUUCCAUCUCAUUAGGAAUGUCGUAGAUCGGGUCUAUGGGAAGUAAUACAUCUCUACCUGUCCGUUCACAAGGGGAUACAGAUGUGGACUCGUGUACGGAUGAGCAACAUCCGAGACUAACUAAAGAUGUACCUGUUUCUUCAACUGCGAAAUGCGACGUAGACAUCCCAGAAAAUAACCCGGUUUCUGAAGGAAUCAGUUUCAUCAAAGAAACUUCCAGUUCAAAUUCGAAAUCGUUACAGACAAAAGAGUUCAACGCAUUAAGCAACAAUGAAAGAGGUGAUAAUGGAACCGACAGACUUGUUUCAGUACAAUCAUGUCUCAACCGUAAACCAGAGUUUCUUAAGAGAUCAAAGGAAAUAUUAAGACGGAAUCGUGCUCAAACUAUUGCAUGUAUCGAUCGUAAACCAGCGUUUCUUGAGCGGUCAAAGGAAAAACUAAGACAACAUCGUGCUCAAACUGUUGCAUGUCUCGACCGUAAACCAGAGUUUCUAAAGCGGUCGAGAGAAAUACUAAGGCGAAAGCAUGCUUACGUUGCUGCAUGUCUCGACCGUAAACCAGAGUUUCUAAAGCGGUCGAAGGAAAUAUUAAGACGAAAUCGUGCUAAUAUCAUUGCUGAACUUUACUCAGGUCACGGAAAAUUAAGCCAUGAUGAUAGUUCAAAAUCUAAUGUUAGAGAAUGUACAUUACAUAAUGGAUUAGCAAGACAAAAAGAUGCUUACACUGUUGAAAUAUUAGGUGAAACAACAUUAAGUUAUACUGACAAUAAUUUUGAUGCAAAUACAGAGUGCAGAAGAGAGUUAAUUUCAUCUACAGGUUCAUAUAUCACAAUAUAUGAAAAUCUUAGAGAAGAAACUUCACCGAAAAUCCUGAACAGAAAUGACGAUAACGUUAACAGUUCUGGUGUUAGUCUAAAGUGUAAAGUUGAAUCAGAAUCAGAUCUAAAUAAUUUAAAUAGUUCUGACAGAAUCAAAUUUUCAAGUUGUUCUUUGAAUAUUCAAGACGAAGAACAAUCCCUUUGCACAUCUCUGAAAAAGGACAUUCAGUAUGGUGAAGAACAAUCGUACGAUAAUACUGCGGAAGAGAAUUGCAAACAUGGGCAGGUGCAAUCGCAUAAUCCGGAAAAAUUGGACAUUGCAACUGGAGUCGAUGAAUUUUACAGCGAAAAAUCAGAAACCUGGACGACAGCACUAGACACCUCAAACGAAAAAGCAGCACGACAUCUACUGAAACUCGGUGUAUUACCACAAUCGGAUGAAGUGGCAAAGGCGUACAAGACAUUCGGAAAGACAGAAAUAUUUUUAGAGAUUUGCCAGAACAUAUGCAGCUACCUAGAGGAGAAAUCAAAAGACAUAGUAAAUGUAUGGUCAGCAUAUAGAAAGGAAGGGGAUGAAGAGACUGAUGUGGUAUUCGUUGUAUGCACACGGAGUAAAUCAAUCGAAGUCGAUUUUGAAGGCUUCUCUAUAUACCAGAGAGCCAUUUCUGAAUACAGCUCUGAAAGUAGGAAAGUAUUGGCAGAGGAAUUAAAUACGAAGUUUGACAAAACCUUGUUGAAUAAGUUGAAACUAUCUACACAAGCUCAUGCCAAAACGCUGAUGGAAAAUCACAGCAAUAUUAGUAUGAUAUCCCCAAGCAUAUUCAAGUCAAAACGGUUUGGCCAAGCCAGACAUGAAUUAAUUGUAACAAACAAGCCAUGCAUCGUGUUAUAUGUUCAUAUCAAAGGUUUGAUUCCAAUUAAAGAAGAACCAUUCCCAUCAGAAAUAGACGGAUUCCCGACUGAUGUAAGGGAGGCUGGAUUUACUCUAUUUAACGGUGGUCCGAACGAAUUUCAUGAAAAUUUAAAGAUGGGAUGUGCGGUGCAUGCAAACGUGACUAACACGGAAGGUGAUAUUAUGGGUGGUACUUUAGGAGGCUUUGUACAUCAUCCCGAAUUUGGCAAUUGCUGUCUCACAUGUGCUCAUGUAGUCUCAAAGCCUGAUGAUAUGAUAAAUCUACGGGACAACAACGGAGGUAAAGCUGUCAUUGGAACCGACUGUAAUUAUUUAGUGUAUCAACCUGUAAGUCACGGAUCAAGGCACUUCGGUCGACUUGUCAGCGUUGUGUACAAAGAAGGUGGCGAAGGUAAAAGUGGAGUUGAUGCUGCUUUGAUCCAAAUAACUAAAAGAUUUCCACGAUCUGGCGAUUUCCCUGACGCCGAUAACUACAGGGAAGCUGGUUUUGACCAGAAUCGGCCAAUGAUUUUUAAUACGGGGAUGACACGUAAUUUGUCGGAUGAUGAUAUCAGCACUGAAGUGGUUAAAUUUGGUGCCAUCACUGGAGUAACAAGAGGAGUUGUGCGCAUGAAUGGUUCCAUUAUUCGGAGGACCAACAUGUGUGGCUAUUCUGAGUUUGGUUACCUUCUCCACAAUCAGGUUGAAAUUCUCUCUGUCGGAGGCAACCCGUUCGCAUUAAGUGGCGAUUCUGGGGCACUCGUUUUUGCAAAAGACAGGUCUAAUGAGCUUGUGGCUGUCGGCAUGGUAGAAGGUGGAAUGUCAGAUGGUAGGAUAAUGAUUACGCCAAUUUGUGAGAUUUUAACAGAACUAAUCUCUCCUUCUGAGUUGCAAACAAAAAGGUCUCCAUCAGAUGAACAUCCGCCUUUUUACCUUAAAUUGCAGCCACCAACAGAUAGUCUUGAGGAUUCAGGUUUCGACAUGGCUGUUGACGUUUCAAAUGAAAACACAAUUCCGAAGCAACAACUGGAACACCCAGAACUGGCAUCAGCCGUUCAGACAUUACAAACUGAAAUGGGUCAGGUGAAACAUGAAAUGGCUGCAUUUCGAAACAGUACAACUGAGAUGAUCAAUGGCCUUUCUCAAAAAUUAGAUUUACUGUUGCUGUCUAAGCCGCCCUGUUAAACAUGAUAUAAGAACACAAAAUUAUAGCCUGUUACAAUGGUCUUUUAAAUGAGGAUCCGUUGUCUGAUAAAGAACCAGGAUGAAGAAAUAAAAUAUUCAGUAACAAAAACAAAAGGUGCUGCAUUCAUAUUGAUGCAUCAUAUUUGAAUCUAUUAACUAAACUAGGAAUGCACACGUCUAUCACAACUCGACAUAAAUAUGGGAAAUAAAUUUGAAUAAUAUUUGAAACUUGUUGAAUAUCUUUAAUAGUGUAAAGAAUGAAACGAAUUUAACAGGGACCGACCUUUAUUGCUACACUAAUUCACUUUCAAGAAUGGAAUAGUUUCUAUGGAUAUAUGACAAUAGACGUCUGCAAACCUGGACUCAGUACAUGUGAUCAGAACAAACCGUCUACUGCCCAUGUAAUUCCGAAGUUAAACAUGAGUUCAGUCCUUGACCUAGAGGUAUCUGUGCAACAACCUGACACUAACUAGCACAUUCGAAUUGGUAAUCAGAAAGCUUGUCAUUAACGAAAUAUUGAUUUGAAGUGUUUACAUAUAUUAUCAGAAAAUGCUUAAUGAAGAGCUCUGAUUUGCCCGGAAAAAAAUAGUGUAAACGGUAGAUUAUUUAAAAGAAAGACGGCUUUAUAUUCUUACGAACAUUAAUCCGCAACAGAGUGCAGUGUAUGAACAUUCCAUAGCCCUGAGAAUAUGGCAUCUUCGCCUAAGCUAGUUAUACCGGUAACCUACACAAUACGAGGCAUCCACAUUCUCAAUAAAGGGUGUUUCAAAACCGUAUAUAUAGGAGACCUGAACAUGACUGACAUUUCAACGGGUUCGAAAUCCGCAUACACUACACUUCGAAGUGGCUAUCAAUGUUGAGAACCUUUGUCUCAAUUACUUGAUUCGUUUUCUUCCUGUAUUAGCCACAGACGACCACCGAACAGAAGGUACUUUGCAACCUUUCUCUAAAUAAACCGUUCAAAGAAGGUAAUUCAUUUGAAGUACAGAAGACGACCGUAACAAUAUAAUAGAUGACAAGACUCGUGUUAGAUGAUGUGUGAUAAGCUCAGUACUGAUUAUUAAAUCACAUUGACUGAGACAUUGAUGUUAUUUUAAAUAUUAGAAUUAACACACCCCCACCAAUAAAUAUUAUUCUGUCGUACUUAUGUAAAUCCAAACAAAACAAAUCAACUGAAUCUAAACAAUUUUCUUCAUUUUUAAGAAUACCCUUGUUUGAAUCCCUCCGCCGACAGGUAAAAAGGUAGUAAACCUAUUCGAAUUGGAUGAUGAUUCAAUGUGACAAAAGUUUACAGAUAGUAUUGUAAUCGUAAAAUGUGCCAUGCCUACCCUAUAAAUCAAUGUACAUAUAAACAAAUCAUUUAUUAUUUAAAAUUUUACGGUUUUAAGUUAUGCAACAAAAUACCUGCUUCAUGCUUAAUCAGUUUGGACCGUAGCCAUAAUUAUGUUCUAUGUGAAAGUAGCUCUGCACCUUCCGAGGAGCUUUACCACUCUCAGUACAAAUUCAAAAUUGAAUACUUUUAAUUUUGGGGGUAAAAUAGUGUGUAUAAAGAAGACAAAAAACUGUAAUCUGUUGUAUAGAAUAUCAUAAAUUAUCUUCCUUCGACACUGCGCAACAUAAAAUCAAAUUGGAUAGACUAUGCAUGUGUCUUGUUUUGUUUCAUAACUGGUUGAAUGAAGGUGUUGUUUCUAUUUGUAUGUUUUAGAGUUUUGUUAGAAAUCGGUUAAAGGAUCGGUUUGUACAAAGUUUGACUAGUGCUUUUGAAAACUCUAGUAACUAUCUAAACUAUGGAAUGUGUAACUGAAUAUUUCUUGAGAAUACUUACAACUAAUUUUAUCAUUGUACGUUUUGAAUCUAGAUGUACUUACCAUAAGUUACCUAUUGAAAAGGGCUGGUCUAUUAAUGUUCACAGAGAAUAAAGGCGCCGUCAGCUUUGUAAUUCAAAUCGUUUGGGUAAUGAAUUCCAUUAUCUAUUUAAUUGCAAACACAAUGACUGGAGAUGAAUUUUUUUCAUCACCCAAUUUGUAUGCUAAUGAAUAUUGAUAGUAUAGUUAGUUAGGAUACGCUGUUGAAGCUUUUAUUGUUUUGCGCCCCCCCCCCCCCCCCCCACAACCUUAAAAAAAACAACAACAACAUAAUGUUCGAAUGCUUGUAGUAUGUAAUUUAUUUCAUUUAUUACAUGUAUUUUCUUAUUCUCCACAUGGUAGACACAUUGCAGUAUACUAUGUAUUGACAUAUUUGCACCUUUGUUAUUCUGUUCUGUAUGCAAUUUUACGUCUGAGAACAUCACUUUGGACAACAGUAAUGGAAACAUAUAUGAAAAUGUAGGAAAUAUGUGCCACAUAUUUUGUGCAUUCUUAAAAGGUUAUAAUGAAUUUAUAUUCAAUGUUAAAGUGUUAAUAGUUUUGUGUGAAGAAUACGUAUUCAGCAAUGUAAACUACUAUCAUGCAUAUUUUCUACCAUAUUCAUGACGUUAUAUAUAAGUUAUAUUUAUUGUAUUGUUUUUUUCCAUAGUAUAGCAUUUCAACUAAAUUGUCUCGAUUUAUUAACUGAACUUGUGCAUUCAGCUGUAUCAUGUGUAUUAAGGGUUUGCCGAUGGUCUAGUGCUAACAUGCUUGACCGUCAAUCCAGAGGUCCGGGGUUCGACUUUCGGUCCAGGCACAGAAAUUUCUGAGAUGAUCUUUAGUGUAUCCAACCUAACUAAGGCCUGUAUUGGUUCUUCCCAGGUAAAGGCUUCGCGUGUAUUAGUGGUAUACACUCUGUCCCUCUGAUCAGAUCGCUCUGUGUCUGUACUAGUAGAGGAUGAAUUCCGCUCCCUUUGUGGCUGCCUUUGAUUAUGUAAAGCGCCUUUGAAUGUGUUAAUCAUGAAAAGGGCGCUAUAAAAAUCUGGUAUAAUAACGACAUGGGUAGUCAUUUUGUCCUACUUUUGAGUUUAUCGCUGUUCCGUAGUCGGUCGGAAAUUCUUCGGGAUCACGUGAUCACAUGAUUUUAAAAUUAAUUCAAACAAAUAUCCGUUUAAAGACGCGCGACAAAAUAACUGUAUUUCCAUGAUGGUAAUUAUGAACGAUUUGCAUGAAAAAUAUGAGAUGUACAAGUUUUUAGUUUCAAAUUGACAGUGACAUAUAUUAGGUGAAGACAAUGUGUUUACUGUCUAAAAUUUUAUUGAAUUAAUGUAGCCAUAUGUACAUGAUUCAGUGUAUUUAGGUACAUUUCAGUCACAUUUUGUUUCUACAGUAGUUAUUCAUUUAUAUUCCUAAAACUAUGCUGAAAAGAGAUUAUCUGAAAAAGUUUGCAGACGAAGUUGUGAAAACACUUUUAUCCGGGAAGGGCCUAAAUUGUCCUCCCGAAAACUUGUAGUAUAGCUGUAUAUUACCUGUAUCAUAAGAAUGAUUUUCAUGAUGUUUUUGUGAGCUACAAAAAAUGUUGAAUUCCCUAUGCUAAGUUUGUAAAAAUCACAUUAUCGUUUGGGCAUAUAACAUAUGUUGCAUCUAUUUAUAAAUUAUAGUCUCGUUUCGGAGGAUUCCUCCAAAACAAGCUUAAGAUGCGCGACGAGUUCGUAAGCAGUCGGAAAACAUACUUUCGGUUUGAAAUUGGCAAUUUAUUUUGUUUAUUUGUUGGUUAUUCUUGAACAUAUUCAUGACUACUUGGUCAGAUCCGAUGCAGCGGGCCAAAUUUUCAAAAAAUAAGAAGUCUUAGCUACAAGCUCAGGUUUUCAUAUAAUACCCGUUAGGGUGUUAGUAUUGGACCUUUAUUUCUUUUGGAACUCAGUCAGAAUUCAUCAAGUACAUUUUAUCUACCCAAAUAUAUUCUUCAAUACUUGAUUUGCUACCAUGAGAGAUGUAUUUUCAUUGUGUACUAUUGCUCAUUUUUUGUCGAAUGUCAUGUUAUUUGUAAGUUUACUUCGUUGAUCCUCUUAGCAUAUUUUAGGAAGAGACUUCCUACCCAACUCUGAUUGGCUUAGAAAUUUCCUAAGGGGAAUCAGAUUUGUUGAGACUGCUUAAUGAACAAAAGCUUAUAGAUAGAGCUAAAAGCCUCAAUUUGGGUAGGAUAGACGCGAAGGCGCCAUUAUCUAAACUUGUCAACGUAAAUAUCACUCAUUCCUAAAGAAUUCAUUCAAUGUAUUUUAAAAAUCUUUCCUAACUUUCGGAUUAGCUUCUUCAGGAUAAAUAAAUUAGCAUUUUUGAAUACAAAUGUAGAUACACUGUAUAUAUGAAAUCGUUUUAGGAUACAUUGUAGGUUAAGGAACAGAACAGAACAGAACAGAACAGAUCUUUUAUUUGAUAAACACAGAUUACAAAACAUACAUUUUGUAAUAACAUGUGAACAAAUAUACAUAUAUAUAUAUACACAAAGGUGGAUACAGAUCAAUGUUAUUAAGGAAUGAAAUUCUAAACUUGUGAUUAUAUAGCUUUUAGGAAUACGGUCUGCUAUUUAGCAGGGCAACCGUCUCGAUUUGAAAGCUGGUGCACGUCAGCGUUAUGGUUAUUUCUGAUUUUGGAUUGUGAUUUCUUAUGCCAUUAUUAGUUAUAAUGCGUUCGUUUUGAGUUUUACAACUGAUAUCGUUGUCGUCUUCUAUUUCUUUAUUUUGCUUAAACACAACCGUAUUCAGUAGCCCCAUAUAUUGCAUCGCAUUUUAUAAAAAAACAACUUGAUCUCCUGGCUGAAGUACUCUACAAUAUCAUAAAAAAGAAUUAUACAUCUAGCUGAUAUCUAAAGGGACACCCAAGCACAUAUUAAAUAUCUUUCUCAAGUCUUUUAAACAUGACGGUUUAUUGCAUUUUUUAUGAGUUAAACACUGCAGUUCCAACAUUAAUUAUUAUAAGCAUUUUGAUUUGGAAUUACAUAAUUUGUUGAAUCAAUUUUAUCUUUUUUUGUGUUCAUACGCAUAUUUCAGUGUUGCUUCAGGGCCGAAUCCAGCUCCUUUCUGCAAUUCUCCAACUUGCUUAAUGAAUUAAGUUCAGAUAGACAGUAACAUAAUAUACAAAUACCUUCGGUACUAUCUAAAAUUGAUAAAUUUAUAUCAAUGGUUGAAUAAUUUUGUUAAGUUGUUUUAAUCAUUUGACUAUUCCAUGUGGCUUAAUAUUUAUCAUCCAUUGGUGUUUUAUCUAGUUCGAUGUCUUCGGAGUGAAGUAAAGCCAUGCCAAUUG